AAAUCAUCCUGCUAGAAACGUACUUCGAUAUGCCACGAGUAGCUUUGACACGUGUCUGCACUUUUACGAGGAAUUUGCAGUUUCUUGUUCGGGCCCGGAGAUAAGACCGAUAAUUUUUCUACGCGAUAGCCUGUGCGGGGAAAAGGUAAAACUGGUUCGACGAGUGUGCUCCGGUCACUUGCCUUUCACUCUCGACAAUCUAGUUUCACGAGAGGCUAUCGAUCUCGCAAUACAGUCGGCUAUAUAUCGGACCUCCUGCGGACUGUAUCGUUCCCGCGACAACACUGUUUACACGGCAUACGUGCAUUAUCGUAAGUGAGAUGACGUAAAUAACAGAAAUUGCACAAGCCUCCUACAUUCGGAAUUGCUUACUCGCAAUCUCUCAUAUCUCUCGCGCGACCGUAGUGUGCGGCAGCACGUGCUUCAGAACAGUCGGAGGAAUCACUCGAAGCAGCAGCAGCAGCAACAGCAGCAACAGCGAUAAUAGUGAAACAUGUUCUCCUGGAGAAACGUCCUUGUCGCCGUGACAAAACCACCGCAGAGAUUCGCGAGAAAAUUACAUCUGUCGAAAUGCCGGCAAGAGGCAAUGAUAAUAAAUGGACAAAAAGUAGCGGAAGAAAUUAAAAAAGAAUUAAAAAUGGUCGUGGAUACCUGCAUAAAUGCUGGCAAGAAAAGGCCAAAGUUAGUAGCAAUAUUAGUAGGAAAUCACCCAUCUAGCAAAGCUUAUGUUGAUAGAAAAAUGAAAGCAGCAAAGUUUGUAGGAAUUGAAAGUUAUACCGUUCAUUUGGGAGAAAAUAUAACGCAAACAGAUCUUCUCAAGGAGAUUAACAGUCUAAAUAGAGAUCCAACAGUUGACGGAAUUUUAGUGCAAUUACCAUUGCCAAAAAGCAUGAAUGAGAAAGAAGUAUGUCAAGCAAUAAUUCCUAAGAAAGAUGUGGAUGGUUUUCACUUGGAGAAUAUCGGUAACCUAACACUGGACAGCAGGAGCAUUGUACCAGCCACUGCGCUAGCUGUCAGAGAAUUAGUAAUUAGGAGUAAAAUUGAGACUUUUGGGAAAAAUGCUGUCGUUGUGGGUAGAUCAAAACAUGUCGGGCUGCCUAUUGCAUUGUUACUUCAUUCGGAUAGCAAAGGCGAAACAGGCGCGUUAGAUAUGACUACAACUAUCUGCCAUCGUCACACUCCCCACACUGAACUGGAAAAGUUUACGAAAUUAGCGGAUCUGGUGAUAGUGGCAGCCGGAGUUCCCGGUCUAAUUACCAAAGAGAUGGUAAAGCCGGGUGCGUGUAUAAUCGAUGUUGGUAUCACUAGAAUGAAAACAGCAGAUGGCAAGUAUCGACUGGUAGGAGACGUGGAUUACGACAGCGUGAAAGAAGUUGCCGGGCAUAUUACGCCGGUUCCUGGCGGCGUAGGUCCUAUGACGGUAGCAAUGUUGAUGAGGAACACAGUAGCUGCUGCUAUGGGGAACCAAGAGGAUCAAAUCAAACAGUCCGUUGAUUUAGAAAGUAACGAAGCAUUUAUAUAGCAUAUCGGAAAGCAAGUAUUAUUAUGUAAUUUAUUCUAUAGGAGAAUUCUAUUCGAUUCGAUAAAUAUUUGUUUCCUUAUCAUGUAUAGCAUACAUGAAGUAUUAUUGUUGCGGAAUGAAGAAAUGACAUAAAACUAUUAUUUCUUAAUUUAUGGUCAAUUUUUAAUUUAAUUUUGUUAAAUCUGUAAGAGAACGUUCACAAGAAAGUGAAAUAUUAAGAGUGCACCUUGUAAAUUGUAAUUAGAAAAUUAGAAAG